AUGGCGGGUCCGUGUACAUCCGGGUUCUGGAGGUGGAUGGUUCUGGUGCUGAUAGCGACGACUGCAACAGUCACUGGGCAAGUCUGCCAGAGCCCGUUUGGGAUGGAGUCUGGUGCCAUACCUGAUGACAGCAUCACUGCAUCCGGAGUCGGGCAUCACUACGCACUGGAUCCCCACCUCGGGAGGUUAAAUGGAACUACUCAUUAUGGAGCCUGGGGACCAGCACUGCAUAUCAUCGGACAAUGGUUGCAGGUUUUUACAGGCAACACGGACACGAAGAAUCCUGUAACGCACCUACUGGACAACCCCGUCCACGCCCGGUAUGUGCGCUUCUACCCUCAGUCUUGGUAUGGCUACAUCGCCAUGAGGGUGGAGAUUCUAGGCUGCAAUACUGAGAUCAUCUGGGGGCUGACCCUCAAUGAUGCCGGGAUGAGUCACCUGAACGUUUCCUGGACAGUCGUGGGGAAUCUUCCGAUCUCGCGUUACACGCUCCGGUACCAGCCGUCAGACGGGUCGGGUCCGUACCAGGACCUCUCCCCCGCACCAGGAGCGGGAGACACCUCGGCAACCGUGCUAGGACUCAUGGACCACACAGAAUACACCCUCACUCUGACCUCUUUUGACGAAAACAACCAACCGAACGGGGUUAUCAACGAGACAUUCACCACAGGUGGGCGAAGGAUAAUCAUCUGGGGGCUGACCCUCAAUGAUGCCGGGAUGAGUCACCUGAACGUUUCCUGGACAGUCGUGGGGAAUCUUCCGAUCUCGCGUUACACGCUCCGGUACCAGCCGUCAGACGGGUCGGGUCCGUACCAGGACCUCUCCCCCGCACCAGGAGCGGGAGACACCUCGGCAACCGUGCUAGGACUCAUGGACCACACAGAAUACACCCUCACUCUGACCUCUUUUGACGAAAACAACCAACCGAACGGGGUUAUCAACGAGACAUUCACCACAGUCUGUCAAAAUCCGCUUGGGAUGGAAGAUGGUGCCAUAUCUGAUGAUAGCAUCACUGCAUUUUCAGUCUUACAUCAUUCCUAUGUACAGCCCUACUUUGGUCGUUUAAAGGGCACUGCUGGUUGGGGAGCCUGGACACCAGCUCGCCAAGACAAUCAACAAUGGUUGCAGGUGGAUUUAGGGGUGAUAAAGCGCGUCACGGGCAUCCCUACCCAGGGUGCUCACUUGCCUGUAAAUAAUCACUAUUCAUGGGUGAGGUUAUACAAACUUGAAUACAGUGGAGAUGAAUUUUUCUGGACAACAUGUGCCGACAAGGAUGGUUCGGAUAAGGUUUUUACAGGCAACACGGACACGAAGAAUCCUGUAACGCACCUACUGGACAACCCCGUCCACGCCCGGUAUGUGCGCUUCUACCCUCAGUCUUGGUAUGGCUACAUCGCCAUGAGGGUGGAGAUUCUAGGCUGCAAUACUGAGAUCAUCUGGGGGCUGACCCUCAAUGAUGCCGGGAUGAGUCACCUGAACGUUUCCUGGACAGUCGUGGGGAAUCUUCCGAUCUCGCGUUACACGCUCCGGUACCAGCCGUCAGACGGGUCGGGUCCGUACCAGGACCUCUCCCCCGCACCAGGAGCGGGAGACACCUCGGCAACUGUGUUAGGUCUCAUGGACCACACAGAAUACACCCUCACUCUGAUUUCUUUUGACGAGGACAAUCAGUCAAACGGGGUUAUCAACGGGACAUUCACCACAGUCUGUCAGAGUCCGCUUGGAAUGGAAUCUGGUGCCAUACCUGAUGACAACAUCACUGCAUCUGGAGUCGGGCAUCAUCAUUAUCUACAGCCCUACUUUGGCCGUUUAAAGGGAACUGCUGGUUGGGGAGGCUGGGCACCAGCGCACCAAAACAGAGGGCAAUGGUUACAGGUGGAUUUAGGGGUGAUAAAGCGCGUCACGGGCAUCACUACUCAGGGUGCCCUCCAGCUUGUACAUCAUCGCUUUUCCUGGGUUUUUGCAGGCAACACGGACACAAAGAAUCCUGUAACGAACCUCCUGGAAAACCCAGUGGACGCCCGUUUUGUGCGCAUCUACCCUCAGUCUUGGUACCAUUACAUCGCCAUGAGAAUGGAGAUUUUAGGUUGCAGCACUGACA